CAGUGCGAUUCCACGAAUCGGGAAAUCGAAACCAUAUCGUAAUCCUUGUGUGCUCACAUGCACAUGUUCAUAGAUAAAUUUGAGAACUUCAGCGUGCCUUAAAAAAUAACUGAUAUGGCGAGCUUUCCUUUUGGCCGGCUAACAGACACUGAAAUACGGAAGCCAUCCAAAGUACUCUUGAUUUUCUUCGUAUUGUUUAUACUGCUGCUUAUACUGUCCGUAUCCUUCAUUGCGCUGUAUGUUGUGGAGAAAACGAAAUCUACAGAUUCGUUAUCUGGGACAUGUACUUCUCCUGCUUGUAUCACCAGUGCUGCAGGUAUGAUAGGGGCUGCUUUUAUUUAAUUAACUUACUUUUCAGGGCUAGAACUUUUGAAAUAAGGAAUGAUUUUGAAGUAUUGUGCAAUAUGAUUGAAGUCACUAUAGGCCAGUGCUAUAGGCUUAGCGUUUUAUAGGCCUAGGGAUUAAUAAAGCGGGCUGAAAUUUUUUACAUGCAUGUAUGCCGGUGGAAUGAGUACGGUAUGUGGAUACCCCUAGGAUCGAACGUGGGGGAUUUUGCGAAAUAAAUAUUUUCAAAAAUUUUACAACGCAUCAACAAGAUGCUUUUAACGGCAUUAUUUACUAAAGAAGAGAUAUAUUAUUUUGUAAAUCUGUCUAACAAUCGAACAAAUAUCUGUGUCACUAUUACGCUGACGAACGAAUGUCUUUUUUUAAUAGUCAAUCGCAAGUCUAAAUUUAUCCAGGCCUGCAUGCCCUCGAAAAUGUCCACAGCACCGUCGAGCAAAUGCUCUAAAUAUGUGCUCGUAUAUAUGUCUCAGCACAGUUAUUUUAAUAGAUGGUUUGGAGACUCGAUGAAAGUACAAUAUAACUCAUUAACUAUGUUAUUGUCCAGCUUUAUGCAAGAAUUUGAUCCUAUCUCGUCACGUGUGUGUUGUAUUUUCGCUCAAAUAACCAAUAACAAGUUUGUGGUUGAGUUAUCCAUCCGUAACUUGAACAAAUGCUCAAUUUAAACAUUGCUAUUGGUUGUGAGGGAAAAAAUACAAUACACACGUGACGAGAUAAGCCCGUAUUCUUGCAUAAACCGAAACCAACAUAGUUAAUGAGUUAUACUGUACUUUUAUCGAGUCUCCAAACCAUGUAUGCCAUUAAUUGUGGUCUCAGCACUGAAUAUAUCUUAUAAUUCCGACAUUUUGACUGUCGACUUUAAUUAACAAUCCUAAUAAAGUGGCAUACGACGGCGAAAAUUCAACGAGAAGCAUAUAGGUGUAUUACAAUGUCUACUAUAGGGGCACCGAAUAAGAAUUUCACCAGAAUUCUGACUUGCUGUCGAAGGCUUCGCUUUGAUGCCACAACUAAUUGCAUAUGCGUAUAUUAAAUUGUACAUGCUGGCGUGUGCAAUGAGGCGAAACUACCAAAUUAUUGUAUAUUUUGUGUUCAAUAUAUAGACCACAGUAAGGCUUUUUUUAAAUGUGUUUAUUACAUUAAAUUAACUACCUGAAGAUGGAGUAAAUCUCCGAAACGUCGUUUGUUAAUGUAAUAAACACAUUUAAAAAAAGCCUUACUGUGGUGUAUAUAUUGAACACAAAAUAUACUAUAAAAAAUGAGGCUUAGAGAAAGUUCGUUCCUAAACAUACCAAAUUAUUAUCAGAUAGUAUAGUCGCCAAUUAAGCUUUUGUUUUAUUUGUUGAAUUUUGAGGCUAAGAAAAGCUAAGACCCGAAAAUAACAUAUAUUGGAUCACUCGAGCAUAAUCAAGAUCACUUGCAGUGCGAGCUUUAUUUGUUACAAAGAAGUUAUUGUCAAACAAACAGAAAGCGAAAUUUUUUACUGAGCCCAUCCCAAUUCUCUGUCGUGCAGUGGCGUACCAAACUCGAUUUUAGGACGGCACGCGCCGGAGACGGCCAUAUUAAAUGGUAGUAAAGAUAGUUCCUGGUAUAUUAUCAAUCGUAUGAAUUUAAUGCAGUUUUAGAAGUUGAAGACAUGGGUUUUAUGGUUGGGAAGAGUUCUGCUAAACCCAGUUUGAAGUUUUACUCUUGCGGCUUGGAAUGCAGCUGUUGUAUCAAGACGUGAAAAUCUGUGAUUUGGCGUUGUAAACAGAGCGAGGACAAUGUCUAAAUUAUUCAUAUAUUGUAAUUACUCAGUUCUUUUCAGUGAUCUAUUGUAUUGGUAGCCGUUGCCGUACUAAAAUGGCAAGGUCUCUAAUUGGGGGGGGGGGGAUAUUCAUAUAUUUGUGUUCAGCAUUAUUGAUUUCUUUUGAAAUUCAAUGUUUUAAGGUCUGUGAACACGAAUAUAUGAAUAUUGCCCUUCCCCCCCAAUUAUCGAGUUUGCUACGCCACUGGUCGUAGUGUCGUACGUACUGCACAUGUCAUGCGCAUUUUGGCGGGCCUUUACAUCUCAGCUAGCAAGUAUUCCACGUGCGCUCACCGUGAGACGAUUAAAACGAGCCUGACGAUCGAAUAGUAUAUGGCUUUCUGUAUCGCAAAGUCUAACGGGAAAAAUAAAGAUUUACUCGCAAUUACGCACUUGCCCCUCGUGACAAGGAGGGCUCCGCAUUGGGAGUUAUAGUUUUAUUUCGGAUUGGCAAGGUGGACCCUAAUCAGUCCUCGAAAUAUAUCUGGAAGGUAUAUAUUGGUCAUCAUGACGGGUGGAUUAUUAAAUUUACCGGUCACAGCAGUUGUUUUGUCGGUCAUCUUUUAUUUUUCUCAUCUGCUCCUGCUUUAUAUGUAGUUGUAUAGAGAGCUGCUGAUUGAUAGUGAUACAACUACCAGAAAAAUACAAGCAGAACUACGACGUUUCGAGUGAAGGCCCUUCAAUUCGUCGGGAAGUUAAGGCCAUUUUCCACUUUAACCGUAUCGUACUGAAGCGUAGCGGGUUUUUUGGGGUCUUUUUUCUGAGCACUGGAGUGGACUCUUUUGUGUCGAAGUCAUCACCGAGCAGACGGCGUGAAGCGCCGUGCGAGGGUACUAAUUCCCCCCUGCUAUUUACACCCGGCGAAACGAAAGCAUUAGCGAAGUCUAAAGUUCAUUAAUAAUCGCGGGCGUGGGUCACCAACGAUGGGUGCAUAGAUAUAGGAGAUCUAGAUUGCUAACGCAUACCUAGCGCAGGCGGGGCCUACAUGAUAAAUCCAAGAUGGCGAUACAACAGGACAAAAAGACUAUAGAUUCUAUUACGAAAAUCAGGAUUUUUGCAUUUUUUGCCGUCGCAUUGUUUUGAAACUUAUUCGGUCAAAUUUUAUGGUAAAGAGAAACUUACCGCGAAGAUUUUGAGCAUAUAUAUGAUUGAAUUGGAUGAAAACUCGCAAAAUUAUCCAUCGAUAAAAGUUCGUGUAUAGUACUGAUAUAGUACAAUAUAUGUAACUUGUACAGUUUUGCUUUAAUUUUUGCUCACUAUUUGCAUAAAAAGCAAAUUAUAACAGACCAUAGAUGAUAGACCCUCAUCCAGUGCUCUCAUCAGUUUACUUCUAAGAAGCAAGGGGGGGGGGGAACAUAACAGUUCAUUUUUCAUAAUUAUGAGGACAGAGCAGAUGAUGAUGAGAGAUGCAAGUAUAAAACACCAUUCACAAGGCUAGAUGUUAACAUAGCACAGUAUUUCUGGCAAUAAAACGCUCCAACUGACCAUUUCACACGAACUUUUAUCGAUGGAUAAUUUUGUGAUUUUUCAUCCAAUUCAAUCAUAUAUAUGCUCAAAAUCUUCGUGGUAAGUUUCUCUUUACCAUAACAUUUGACCGAAUAAGUUUCGAAACAAUGCAACGGCAAAAAAUGCAAAAAUUCUGAUUUUCGUAAUAGAAUCUAGGGUCUUUUUGACCUGUUGUACCGCCAUCUUUGAUUUAUCAUUUAUCUAGCCUGCGCUAGGUAUGCGUUAGCAAUCUAGAUCUCCUAUAUCUAUGGAUGGGUGGUCAUCCUCACUGAUCUCAAAAAUAUGGCGGACUGUCAUGAAUAGCGGACACUGAUUGGUCCAAUUUAAAGUUUACAUUAUAACGACUGCAUGACGACAGCGAAAUAGCAAACAUUUCUUAAUUUGAUGAUUGAUAAAUUUCUUGCAAAUAUAUAUUCAUUUUUGCACGCAUUUUUGAAGUUUUUCAAGUUUUUUAAAAAAAUAGUUUUUAAAAAAGUUUUAAAAAGUUUUAAAAGAGUUUUGAAAAGCAAGAAAAGUUUAAAAAGUUAGAUUUUUAAAAAAUUAAAAAGUUAAAAAAAUUAGGGUUAGGGGUUAGCGGUUAGGGGUUAGUGGUUAGGAUUGGGGUUGGGAUUAGGGUUAGUGUUAGGUGCCGCGAAUUUAUUAUUAUGAUAAAUUCAAAAUUUGCCGCGAAUUUAUCAUAAUGAUAAAUUCGGAUGUGUUUAAGAAUUUACUCAUAUACCGUAGUAAAUUCAAAGGUGGAGCUCAUGCUGUUUUUAAAACGUAUCUUGUCUUAGCAUUUUGUAAAGCCAUAUAUUUUUAGUUAAUACAAACCGGUUCGUGAUUGCUAGAAGUAGUAACUUCCCCCCCCCCUCCCCCUAUAGCACAAUGUUGGUUCAAACCAUGACUAAUGGACCACAAACCAACAUUGUAAACGGGGAGGGGGGAAAUUUGGGAAAUUUUUAAAAAGUCAACGAAUUAAUUUCCAUGAUUGUAACAUAUAUAUGUUGGGAAAUUGAUAAAUUUGUAAUUAAAAGUGAAAUUUUUACGCGAUUUUUCACUUGUAAGAAUAUUCUCAAAAAAAUAUCGUGUUACCAUGACAACUACUUUAGAUACUUCAUGUUCGGAAAAUACAAAGGUUUUGUCAGCAAGGCGAGGGUUUCUGCAUGCAUGCAUUUUCUAGUUAGUUGCGACAACUUAUGACACCAUUGAAAUGGAAAACGGCCUUUACUGACGUUUAGUAAGGGCCUAGCUUCUUCACUCGAAACGUUGACGUUCUAUCUGCUUGUAUUUUUCGGUUAGUUGUAUCCCUAUCAAUCAGCAGCGUUUUAUUAUCGUCUGUACCUAAACUGGCGCAGACCUUACUUUUACCCCGAGCCGACGGCGCGAAGCGCCGUGCGAGGGUACUAAUUCCGCCCGGCUAUUUACACCCGGGGAAAGGAACGCACUAGCGAAGUCUAAAGUUCAUCAAAUAUCGUGGGCGCAUGGCUCACCGUUCAUGGGUGGUAAUUCUCACUGAUCUCAAAAUAUGUAGCGGACUGUCGUGAAUAGUGAACACUGAUUGGUCAAAUAUGAAAUUUGCCUUAUAAAUAACGACUGCAUUGACGACAGCGAAAUAACAACGAUUUCUUGCAAGUUGUAUUUUUGUAAGAUUUUGUAAAUUUCAAAACCUUUCUGAAAGCCAAAGAACGUCUAAAAACGUCUAAAAGAAUAGAGCAAAGUCGCCGACGUUAAUGAAGGUAAGUUUGUUUUAAACAUUGAUGUAUUGUUUGUUUAAAUUAUAAUUGAUAUAAUAUUUAUAACUGAUAGUGGUGGGCGAUACUGCGAAUAUCGAACUGAUACUAUCACUGCGUAUAUAUUAAAGUGAAAAAAGACAGCAUAUAAUUUCAGUGUAGUUUUAUUAAUUACCCUUUCUUUUGUAUAUUAAAGUAUUCAGUAAAUAAAGAGGAAAGCAAAGUUAUUUUCAUGCGAGAAUUUGAAAUCAGUUUAUUUCAAACUCAAUGUUUACCGAUAAUUCGAUAAAAGGCCGUUUAGUUUUAAGAACAUUUUAAAACGUUUUGCGAAGCGUCUGUGGUUGAAUUUUACAUUAAAUUGAAGCUUAUAUUACGUAUAACAUACCUAGCAUAUAUGUGUUUGGGAAAUUGAUAAUUUUGUUAUUAAAAGUGAUAUUUGAGGGGAUUUUUCAAUUUUAAAACUAUUCUUAAAAUUAUCGUGUUACCAUGACAACUACUUUCAAUUCUUCAUAUUCAGAAAACAUACAGUUUUGUCAGUAAGGCGAGGGUAAUUUCUGCAUGCAUGUAUGUUCUAGUAUGUAUAUUAAGAAAUUGCAAAGAGAAUGUCAACUUUCUUUGCGAGAUAUUACCACUGCUCAAUUUACACAAGAAUAUUUAGUACUUGGAUAGUCUGGGUAGUAAAACAAUUGUAUGCCUUUGCAUAUCCAAGCCGCAAAGUUUUGUUGACAAGUGCUUUAAUUAAAGAAAUUCGAGUCCUGCUGCACUGUCUGACAGGAAGUCGGUUGGAGAACAAAGUCUGCUCGUGUACACAAUUUUCAGUUUAGACUGCGUAGCAGUCGCUUUAUUUUAUUGAACGUUAUGAGGAUUUUUGAAUAAAUGGCGGGUUAGAUAAAAUGCAUGGGCGAAGAAAAAAAGGGCAAGAAAAAACGGUCCAAGGAAAAAUAAAGUGUCUGCAACUGUCCUUAAAAAAUUUAAUCCCCGUUCAGAUUCUGAACGGAAAAUACUGAUUGGCUGUAUCGCUGCGAAGCGCUGUAUCGAUUUUUUUUAAAAAUUGGUAAAAGGCUAACCUUGAAAGAAAAGCAAGAUUUGUGGUCAUAGAGAUAUUCUCAACGGCUUUAACCGAUAUCUUUGAAGACUCAUCUGCUCCUCAACAUAAUUACAAUUUAAGAGACCAUGAUUUCUAGUUUUACUUACCAAAACCAAAAACAGAAUACUUGAAAAAUAGCAUCGGGUAUAGUGGAGCAAAACUCUGGAACAGCUUACAGUACCUUGCGAGUUAAGAAGCGCAAAUUCAUUAAAUCUAUUCAAUUCGUACGUUGAUUUCUGAUACUAGCCUGCAGUCUUAAAUCCAUUAUUAUAUCUUUAUUUAACCAUGAUUUAACUAAUUGUAAAAUUUAAUAUGUAAGUGUAACUAUUGUAUAUAUUUUAUCAUCACGCCCCUCUUGGAAAUCAGCAAAUGCUGAAGGGGUUAUAGCAUCUUAUCUACAUCUUACCUACAUCUUAUCUACAUCUUAACACAACGUCAAACUAAGCAUUAUAUUAUCUCGUCUGCCAAGCAACGUGAAACUUAUUGCGACCCAAGAGAUGUUACUUAAAGUCGAAAUUACCGCAAACAUUGCAUCACUUUAGCCGAACUUAGCCGUUUUUGAGAUUAUUUGAAAAAGCUUCAAACAUUUAUUACAUGCGCUAAUCAAAUUGCUUAGCGUUCAUCCGUGAGCUGAAAUUCAUUGAACCGGCCCGUAAAUAUUAAACUCUCUACUUUCACACGUUGUGUGCGAUGUAUGUUUGUUUUCAUAAUUACGCUGCCACUUCACGUCAUACUUGCGGCUCGUGUCUGAUUGGUUGGUUGUUUUCGCCGUGGAAUUUGGCCGGAAAUUUCAAGUAAGUGGGCGGAAUAAAUUUUUAUUAAGGACGGUUGCAGACGCUUUAUUUUUCCUUCGCCCGUUUUUUCUCGCUCUUUUUUGUUCGCCCAUUUUUUCUAACCCGCCAUUUAUUCAUAAAUCCUCAAAACCUUUAAUAAAAUAAAGCGACUGCUACGCAGGCUAGCAAUUUUUAAAAUAAUGUAAUUAAUGAGUGUCCAGUAAGCGAUAAUAUUCACCGGUUAAUAAACUGAAAAAUUUGCCGGUCAUUGACCGCGGCCCGACCAACACUUCUUUUCGAAGCCAGACCCUAAUGCUAGAGUGGGUUAAAGAUUGUCGUUUACAUUUAGAUGAGACCUUUUGCGUUAAACAUGAUAUUACAAAUGUUAUGUAUUUGCUUGCUAUGAUAGCUAUAUCUGCACCUAACAUUAACAUUAAAGUCAUAAUUAACAGUUUUUGUUGUAUAUCUAUAUAUUGUAAAUAUACGUUCUAACCCUUACAACUGUUCGUAACACCACUACUUCAACGAUCAAGUCUCACAGGUGGUUACCUCACUCUUUCUGAAGCGUUGAUGCCUCUGUAAUACUGUCAUUUACAAGUUCAUGGGUGUUGGAGCCCUAUUGUACUUGCGAGUUUGCUGCUACAUUGACAAGUUCUGUUCUCUUGAACUGGGUAUCACUUCCGGCUGCACUACUCCCAUAUUUGCAGUUUGCUCCCUGUCCUGUAUUGUGCUUGGUUUAACUUCGGUUGCCGCAGCAAUUGGUCAAUAUGUCUGCGCCAGAUUACACCCGAUGUUACUUCGAUCUUAUACAUCAAAGGUCCGGUCCUUCCAAUGACCUUUCCCGAUCUCCACUUUAGAUUUCCUCGGUAAUCACGUCUCCCACUUCCAACUGCCGUGUUGCUCCGUUCUUCGCACUGGCCUAGCUACUUCCUGCUCUGCUCCUGUUGUUUGAUCACCAUCUUCCUGUUAAGAUUAGGUUUUACUAAGUCUAAACGUGUCCAUAUUGACCUGCCAAGCAUAAGUUGAGCUGGGUUCUCUCCCGUUGUUGAAUGUGGGGUAUUUCUAUAGGUUAUAAGAAAUUUUGCUAAGUUCCCUUCCAUUGGCUUCGAACUUUCUUCCAUUGAACGCAGUGCCUGUUUGAAUGUUUGCACUGAUCUUCUUGCAAGCCUAUUUGUAGCAGGGUGGUAUGGGGCAGAGGUGAUAUGUUUUACUCCGUUAGAUUUCAUAAACGACCGGAAUUCUUCUGAGACGAAUUGGGGGGCAUUAUCGGAGACGAAUUGUUCCGGGAUUCUGAAUCGUGCGAACACUUCAAUGGUCUUAAGGUUGUCGUCUUCAUAGGAAUUACUUCUGGCCACUUGCUGUGUGCGUCGACCACCACCACGAAUAUAGUAUCCUUAAAAGGACCAGCAUAAUCAAUAUGUACACGUUGCCAUGGUGAAGUUGGCUCAUUCCCAUGGGUGUAAGGAUACCUUGGACGGCAUCUUCUGGUUCUGUAGGCAACCACUACAGGUUUUCGCUACGUUCUCCAACUGUUGGUUGAAGUUAGGCCACCACAUAUAGCUUCGUGAUAGGGCCUUCAUCUUGACGGUACCCAAAUGACUAUUAUGUAGCUCUCGCAGAAUUGUCUCUUGCAACUUGCUAGGGAUAACCACUCUCAUUUCACAAAGGAUACAACCUUGAUGGACUGUAAGUUCACUCUGUCGGUUAUGGUAGAGCUUGUUUCCUUCGAAACGUGCUGACCAACCUUUAACUAUCGAAUCAUAAACUCUGGCUAAUAUCGGAUCACGCUGUGUCUCUUUAGCUACUGAUUCAAUGGUGACUGGGAGAAUGUUUAACUAGGUUGCAUGAAACACUUCACCUGCAUCCACAGCUGUAUCCUCUUUCUCCGUCAUUGGCAGUGGUAGUCGUGAUAGACCGUCUGCAUAACACAUAACAUUGUACUCAAUGUCAUAUUCUAAUCCAGCUAGGAACAAUGCAUAUCGUUGGAGUCUUGUGGCCGUCAUUGUGGGUAUUCCUUUUUCUGGAUGGAAAGUGGAUGUCAGAGGUUUAUGGUCGGUGACUAGUGUAAACCGUCGCCCAUACAAAAUAUAUGUGAAACUUCUUGACCCCCACUGCAUUUGAUCUUCCCUUUUGGGUAUAGCUCUCCCCCCGUGUAAGUUAUAAGUGUGAUUUGACUAAACUUAGCUCUGUAUAACUGAAACAGGACAACUGAAACUGCAGAGCCUGUGUCUAGCUCCAUUCUUAAAGGUGUUCCUUCAAUUUUGGGGAUGACCCAUAUUACGUUAUCUUUGUUUCCCACUUUAUUUAUUUCUAAACUAGCCAGGUAAUCAUCGCUGUCACUAUCAUCAUCAUCAAUGUGAUUUACUGGGGGUUUGAAUCUAUGUGUUUCUUUGCUUCGUUUUUUACAAGCCCUCCGAAUAUGGCCGCUCUUCUUACAAUAAUGGCAAAUUGCAUUCUUGAAGGGGCAUGAUUUAUGCUGAUGAUCACCAUGACAACGGUAAUACUUGGGGUCUGCAGGGGAAGGAAAAACGUCCCUUCUUUUCUUGACUUUCGUAUUCCUGUUUUGCUCUUCAGGUUUAUCUGACAAAUUCACUGAAUCUGAUUCCUUAUCUGUAUAUGGUUUGAAUCUCUCCCCCUUGCAUAGUCUCAACGUCCUUACAUGAUUGUUCAAUAGCGAUGCAUUUAGCAGCGGCUGUGUCAAAGGUCAGCUCUUUGGGCUUCAGUUUUAAGAGUUCUAAAUCAUUUUUCUGUCAUGAAUACCAGACACUAACCGAUCUCUAAGUCGCUCUAAACGCAUCGUUUCGUUGAACUUACAUUCUGUAGCUAAAUGUUUUAAAACAGCUACGUAUUCACUUACCGUCUCUCCGGCGUUUCUCGCUUGAUUAUCAAACUCGUAUCUGGCUACUGAUACUAAUUUCUGUGGCUUUAACUAUUUUUGAAGUCACUCAACUAUCGCUUCGUACGUGAUCGUGUCCUCAUUCAGUAGAUGUGGAGCAAAUAAAUCCUUUGUUAACUGGUAAGUUUCUGCAGGCAUAUUCGUCAACAGGACAGCUUUCUUUUGUUUAGCGUCAGUCACGCUAUUUGCUACGAAAAAGAAUUCCAGUUGUUCGGCAAACGCUUUGAGUCAGUGCCAACAACAAACUUUCCAACUUCUCCGAUAUUUCGAAUCGAUUCUGGUGCUUCAGCUGCCAUCUUUCCACAGGACGGAAAUCACUGUUAUAAUAUCAUGCUUUUUCUAACAUGGUAAUAUUUCUUAAUCCCGUCCUCGUCGCCAAAUUGUUAUGUAUUUAUUUGCUAUAAUAGCAAUAUUAUAUUUCGUGUAUAAACUCAACAAGAAGCAUUUGUCCGGACACAUGGUCGAUGCGUGCGCAUCCUAUAAAACAUAGGUAACCCAUAACAAGGAACGAAGUUUUGACAUAAAUAUUGCCUCAAACAACAUCUGUUCACCGAAGAGUAUUGAAUAUCAAUAAUUUAUAUCAUACGUCUUUCACAAAAUUAAUGGCAAACAGCAGUGCCAUAUUCUAUAACAAUAAUACAAAAAUCUGUAAUAAACUGAUCUGAUUGGUGGAAGAAACAAUGGGAUCUAAAAUCAACCAAUCAGCUGAAAACUGUCGUCAAGUAGCGGCCACAGAUUGCUUCAAAUUACAAAACAAAUAUGACUACAAAAGUAAAAGUUGGGUUUAGGUUGAAAGUAUGCCAUUUAUCUCUUUUUAAAAUGGAAAAUAGACAAUUCCCAUUAUAGACUGAUUUUAAAACUAGGCAAGGACAUCAAUGAUACAUGAAUGAUAUUUUUUAAAUAUAACGUGUUUGAAAUGCAAAAAACCAACAUUCCUCGAGUCGUAUGAUUGUUAUCACUAUUAUAAACAGGGUGACAUACUGCUAUAGUUUCAAAUAAUGAAAUCUUGACUGAUUUCUAUCCAAGUAUUUUACAAAAUAUUAAGACAACAAAUUCCAGCUGCUAUUAUACCAUUUUCGGCUUUUUUUACUCCUACGAUGAAUAAUAGUACCAUAUAAAUCAGUAGAUAAUCUUCAAAGGUUACUCAUACCAACACAUCUUUGAAGGUCGAAUUAUAUAAACAUGUUAAUAACAACUUUUGUAAAGGAAAACUGUUAUGAGCAAAAUAACAAGUGUUUAUCAUGCCAGUUACUUUCUGAAAAACUUGAGCGCCAUCUUGAAAUUUUUUUUUUUUUUGGGGGGAGGUGAAUGCCACUCGUUCGCGCACUGGCUAAGCUUUUGGCGGCUGGUUACACUUUUCUGGCUCAGUUCCAUCUUCGUAUAGUCUCUCCUCUGUGGUACAAAUGACAACAAAUUACGACAGCGUGUUACACUGAGGUUUCCAGUUCAUUUCUCUCGAUUGUCUAUGGUGGAACUUACAGCUGCGUUUCGGUUAAAUUACGUAAGUUUAGCUGAACGCCUUCCCUCUCUUGAGCUCCCCCAUGCAGCUAUUAUAAGCUCUACUUCCAAACAUACCUGAAAUAAAUAAGCCUUAACAGAAGAUUUAUGGUAACGCCCAACUAAAGCAUAAAGUCAUCUGUUGUUUAUAGACAUAUUAAAAUUAAUGGUGGUAAAUUAAAUUAUUUUUCAGAUAUUCUUCACAAACUUGAUGAAUCCACCAAUCCAUGUGAUGAUUUCUACCAGUACAGUUGUGGGGGUUUCUUAAAAAAGACUCAUAUACCUGACGAUAAAACGCAAGUGACUUCAUUUUCUGUUGCAGACAAUUUUGUUCAAUAUGCCAUGAGAGAUUUAUUACAAAAUGAACAAUUGAUGUCAAAUUACUCAAAGGUAUUCUGUGUAAAUUAUCAUUAAUUUAAAGGCUGUCAUUAAGGAUCGUUAAGUCGUUCCAGAUACUUACGAAAUAACUAAAUAAAUAAAAAAGCAGCUUUUAGUUUUGUGUUUAAAGUCAUUUUUUGAGUUAAUUGGGACACUUUUGAUUUUAACUUUUGGGACAAUUUGGCAAAUCAGUUGGUCGGGCAUAAACUAAAAUAAUAUUAAAUCCCAAUCACUAACUAUUUCAAUAUGUUUAGGAUUCAGCUGUCUAUAAAACCUUUACUUACUACAAAUCAUGCAUGAAUGAGAGUGCUAUUAAAAAUGCUGGGAUUAAACCAGUUCUUGAUGUGAUCGAACAACAUGGCUCAUGGAAUAUCACGAACAAGAACUGGAGUGAAGAUUCUUGGAUAUUGGAAAAAAUUCUUGCCAGAUUAUUUGUUGAACUUAAUACUCCAGCCUUUCUAGGUUUGGAUAUAACAUCAUCUUACUUUAACACAUCCGAAAGAUUUAUCACGGUAAGUUGAAGAAUAGAUAUUUCCUAAAAUAAACUAUUCGCGCGGUUUUGGUAAGUACAUUUUCUGGAUUGUGUUCUCCCCUAGCCCGCGAGGCCAAAUGCAUUGGUAAUCUUUAAUAGACAAUUCCCAUUAUAGACUAAUUUUAAAAUAGGCAAGGAGAUGCAAAUAAAUCACCACAGCUAGAAAGAACAUACUAAAAUUAGUAAAAUUGCAAAGUUUGGUUGCGCAAUGUUCCAAAAUAAGGAAAAUAUAGCCUUGCAAAGUUCGCAAAUUUUGUAUACUUUUGUAUUGCGUGCGGAAAUUGCUACCAUUUUCGGCCCAAAUGUGGUACCAAUAUCCCAACGCAAUACAAAAGUAUACAAAAGUUGCGAACUUUGCAAGGCUAUAUUUUCCGCAUUUCACAACAUUUCGCAACCAAACUUUGCAAUUUUACUAAUUUUAGUAUGCCCUUUCUAGCUGUGGUGAUCUAUUUGCAUCUCCUUGCCUAGUUUUAAAAUUAGUCUAUAAUGGGAAUUGUCUAUUGAAAUAGCUAAGUACUCGCACAUUAGGGCCAUUUAUACGGAACAAAAUAAGACGCGACUUACAUAAGACGCGACUUAAGUAAGACGCGAGUUUGUCGUAUAAAAGGUACAAAAUUCUUAUGUAAGACGAGUCUUGGAUAAGACGCGUCUUACAUAAGAACAGGUCUUUUAGCUGUUCUUAUUUAAGUCGCGUCUUAAAUAAGAAAUUUUGGACAAAAAGUCUAACUACACAUGCCAGAAACUUGAAACAACGUAAAAUUAUUAGGCUUGCAUAUUAAAACAAAAGCAACAUUAUAGCUAUAGCAAAUAAAUAAGACCAAAGCCGUAGAGAACCAUUUAUGCGAUAACUCCGCUUAUUUAAGUCGCGUCUUAUGUAAGUCUCGACUUAUUUUGUUCCGUAUAAAUGGCCCUAAUAUGUAGAAAGCCAUAGUAUAUGAGAGAGUACAUGACAUUUGCGAAUUAUUGUUUAUUCCGGCUCAGCGUGCUCCGUUCGUCAUUUCUGCUUCAACAAGGAUCGGGUAAGCGCAAAAUUGUCUGUCAUAACCAUAGCAAUAACAUCUAAAACCAAAGUCUUGGUUGUGCCACUGUCUACACAAUGGUCUUUCUAGUAACCGGGCAUUUAAGCGUAUAGUGUCUUAAUGUCGUCAUCGUGAAGGCCUUUCAAAAACUUUUCGCAUCUCUCUAGUAUACGGGCAUUGUCAGGGACGCCGGAACUGGGGAGGGGGCAGGAGGGGCAGCGGCCCCUCUUGCCUUUUGCUAGGGGGGCAAGGGCGGCAGAAGUGCACUUUUAGUUGUAAAAUACUACCUGAUAAAUCACAUUUCCAGUGAUGCUUUUCCGAGCAAAAUCAUGAGAUUCAGGUAAUUUAUAGGCCCAGAGAAAGUUAAUUUACAAAAAUAAGUGUGAAUUUGGAAAAGAAUAAAGUUAAUUUACAAAAAUGUUAGAAAAUUUUUGGAUUUUAGAAAAUUUUUUUUGAUAAAUGGAGAAAUUUUGACCCCUAAAAUGUUACACUGACCGAAAUUUUUUUGGCGGGGUUGGGGUUGUUAAAUUUUGAUAAAUCAGGUAAAUUUUGAACAUUUGAUCUAUAAUAUAGAGGUGCCCCUUGCGUCUGCCCCCUUUGCCUUUUUAUCGUUCCGGCGUCCAUGGGCAUUGUGUCUCUCCAGUAUCCGAUUUACGGGCAGCGUGUUUCCAUGAAUGCCGCGGGCUGGCCCACUUAGCGAGGAAGUCCAGUAAACGAUAUAUCUCGCGGUGUAGUUAUCCGGUGUGGUAAUCUAUUAAGUGAACUUGUUAUACAUUUACUGCUUAAACUAAACGUGAUUGGCUGAUUUGUGGUCACGUGGAUUCCGAUAAAUGUAAUGUAUCUCGCCGGUCAACACUAAGUGAAAAAUGUUGUCAUCCUAUUAACCGGCUGUGCUUCUACCGACUAGCUACGUACAUAAAUGCUCAAAAUGUAGUUAAAAUUGAGAAAGAAAAUUGAGAAGUUUUCCAGUUUAUGAAUUGAAUACAGUAUCUAUAACACAGAAGAAAACACUUAUUAACAGAUAAUAGGAAUUGCGGCUAAAGCACUUUUUAGCAGGUUAUUUUAUAGUUAAAAUAAUUUAAAAUAAUCCCUCGAUCUCGUCUCGGGAAAUUAAACUUUGAAACUCUAGCACGGUAAAACCAGGUGCCCACGGGCUCGUUAAUUAUAUCGUCUGUUCAAGCAUUAUGAACUUUUUGUGUGAUUGGUUGACCUGCAUGUUCUGCUUCUUCAAUACCAUAUAGAUCAGUGGGGGACGUUCUGGUAAUAAUAGCAUAGAACUGGAUAAAGAACAGUCUCGUUCAAGAGUCCCGCGCUUAAAAGAAAAGGUAGGUUCAUGUUAUGUUUGAAGAGCUAAUGAUUGUUAAUUAACAAGGUGUUGUUAGCACAUAGUGCAGCUUAUUAUAAUUACCAAAAUUAAUAGGCUUUUAAAUAUCAAUCUGCAACAUUUUCCAAAGUAACAGUCUAGUCUGGACCUAUUUUCGAUUUAUUUAUCUAUUGUUCUCAAAUUUUAAAAUUAUUUUAGAGGUUGUGCAUUAUUGCCCAAUAAUGUUGGAUCUCUCGUUAAAAAUAGGCACGCUGUGGCCUAUGAGCGUCUACAGAGGGUGGGAAAGGGUAUUUUUGUGAGCCGUGAAUGGUCAAUUUUGCUGGCGGGAAAUGUGAAAUGCUUGAUUUUAAUGUCGUGAAAUAUGAUUUGUUCUACAGCCGUGAGGCGUGAUUGUUGAUAAAAAUGCUCCGUGAAAUGAGAAUUAAGGAUGCCUGUUUCGUGAACUGUGAUUAUUAUAGUGAUUAUUAUAGUAAACUGAUAAACAUAAUACGCGAUAAUCAAAUUAAAAUAAUCUCACUCGAUUGCACAAGAGUAAAAACUCCGAAGGCCUUUCGCGUGGUUCCUGACGCUGAGGACAAGCUUCCUGACACUGACGACAAGGUUCCUGACGCUGAGGAGAAGGUUCCUGGCGCUGAGGACAAGGUUCCUGGCGCUGAGAACAAGGUUCCUGGCGCUGAGGACAAGGUUCCUGGCGCUGAGGACAAGGUUGCUGGCGCUGAUGACAAGGUUCCUGGCGCUGAGGACAAAGUUCCUGCCGCUGAGAAGAAAGUUCCUGACGCUCAGCACAAGGUCCCUGGCGCUGAGAACAAGGUUCCUGGCGCCGAGGACAAGGUUCCUGGCGCUGAGGACAAGGUUGCUGGCGCUGAGGACAAGGUUCCCGGCGCUGAGGACAAGGUUCUCGGCGGUGAGGACAAAGUUCCUGGCGCUAAGGACAAGGUUUCGAACGCUGAGGGCAAGGUAAGGUUCCUGGCGAUGAGGACAAGAUUCAUGGUGCUGAAGACAAGGUUCCUGGCGCUGAGGACAAUGUUCCUGGCGCUGAGAAGAAGGCACAAGGUUCCUGGCGCUGAGAAGGAGAUCCCUGACGCUCAGCACAAGCUUCCUGGGGCUGAGGACAAGGUUCCUGGCGCUGAGGACAAGUUUCUUGAUGCUGAGAACAAGGUUCCUGGCGCUGAGGAGAAGGUUCCUGACACUGAGGACAAGAUUCAUGGUGCUGAGGACAAAGUUCCUGGCGCUGAGAACAAGGUUCUUGGCGCUGAGCACAAGGUUCUCGCCGGUGAGGACAAAGUUCCUGGCCCUGAGAACAAGGUUUCCGAUGCUGAGGACAAAGUUCCUGCCGCUGAGGAGAAGGUUCCUGACGCUCAGCACAAGGUUCCUGGCGCUGAGGGCAAGGUACCUGGCCCUGAGGACAAGAUUCAUGGUGCUGAGGACAAGGUUCCUGGCGCUGAGAAGAAGGUUGCUGACGCUCAGCACAAGCUUCCUGGCGCUGAGGACAAGGUUCCUGGCGUUGAGGACAAGGUUCCUGGCGCUCAGCCCAAGGUUCCUGGCGCUGAGGACAAGGUUCCUGGCGCUGAGAAGAAGGUUCCUGACACUCAGCACAAGCUUCCUGGCGCUGAGGAUAAGGUUCCUGGCGCUAAGGACAAGGUUCCUGGCGCUGAGGCCAAGGUUGCUGGCGCUGAGAAGGAGGUUCCUGACGCUCAGUACAAGGUUCCUGGGGCUGACGACAAGGUUCCUGGCGCUGUGGACAAGGUUCCUGGCACUGAGGACAAGGUUCCUGGCGCUGAGUACAAGCUUCCAGGCGCUGAGAACAAGGUUCCUGGCGAUGAGAACAAUGAUCCUGGAGCUGAGGACAAGGUUCCUGGCGCUGAAUACAAGGUUCCAGGUGCUGUGGACAAGGUUCCUGGCGCUGAGGAAAAGGUUCCUGGCGGUGAGGACAAGCUUCCCGACGCUGAGAAGAAGGUUUCUGGCGCUUAGAACAAGGUUCCUGGCGCUGAAGGCACGGUUGCUGGCGCUGAAGGCACGGUUGCUGGCGCUGUGGACUAGGUUCCUGGCGCUGUGGACAAAGUUCUUGGCGCUGAGUACAAGGUUCCUGCCGCUGAGGAAAAGGUUCCCGGCGCUGAGGACUAGUUUGCUGGCGCUGAGGACAAGGUUUCUGGCGCUGAGGACAAGGUUCCUGGCGCUGAGAACAAUGAUCCUGGCGCUGAGGACAAGAUUCCUGGCGCUGAGUACAAGGUUCCUUGCGCUGAGGAAAAGGUUCCUGGCGCUGAGGACAAGGUUCCUGGCGCUGAGGAGAAGGUUCCUGGCGCUGAGGACAAGGUUGCUGGCGCUGAGGACAAGGUUCCUGGUGCUGACGACAAGGUUCCUGGCGCUGAGGACAAUGAUCCUGGCACUGAGGACAAGGUUCCUGGCGCUGAAGGAACGGUUCAUGGCGCUGAGGACAAGGUUCCUGGCGCUGUGGACAAGGUUCGUGACGCUGAAUACAAGGUUCCUGGCGCUGACGACAAUGUUCCUGGCGCUGUGGACAAGUUUCUUGGUGCUGUGGACAAGGUAAUUUCUGGCGCUGAGGACAAGGUUCCUGGCGCUGAGAACAAGGUUCCUGGCGAUGAGGACAAGGUACCUGGCGCUCAGGACAAGGUUCUCGGCGCUGGGGACAAGGUUUCUGACGCUGAGACCAAGGUUGCGGGGGCUGCGGACAAGGUUCCUGGCGCUGAGGACAAGGUUCUCGGCGGUGAGGACAAACUUCCUGGCGCUAAGGACAAUGUUUCGAACGCUGAGGGGAAGGUUCCUGGCGAUGAGAACAAGAUUCAUGGUGCUGAGGACAAGGUUCCUGGCGCUGAGGACAAGGUUUCUGGUGCUGAGAAGGAGAUUCCUGACGCUCAGCACAAGGUUCCUGGCGCUGAGGACAAGGUUGCUUGCGCUGAGGACAAGGUUCCUGUUGCUGAGGACAAGGUUCAUGGCGCUGAGGACAAUGAUCCUGGCACUGGGGACAAGGUUCCUGGCGCUAAAGGCACGGUUCCUGGCGCUGUGGACAAGGUUCCUGGCGCUGUGGACAAUUCUUGGCGCUGAGUACAAGGUUCCUGGCGCUUUGGAAAAGGUUCCUGCCGCUGAGGACAAGUUUCUUGGUGCUGUGGACAAGGUAAUUCCUGGCGCUGAGGACAAGGUUCCUUGCGCUGAGAACAAGGUUCCUGGCGAUGAGGACAAUGAUCCUGGCGGUGAGGACAAGGUUCCUGGCGCUGUGGUCGAGGUUCCUGGCGCUGAGUACAAGGUUCCUGUCCCUGAGGAAAUGGUUCCUGGCGCUGAGGACAAGGUUCCUGGCGCAGAGGACAAGAUUCCUGGCGCUGAGGACAAGGUUCCUGGUGCUGAGGACAAGGUUGCAGGCGCUGAGGACAAGGUUCCUGGCGCUGCGGAGAAGGUUCCUGGCGCUAACGACAAGGUUCCCGGCGCUGAGGACAAGGUUGCUGGCCCUGAGGAGAAGAUUCAUGGUGCUGAGGAUAAGGUUGCUGUCGCUGAGGGCAAGGUUCCUGACGCUGAGAACAAGGUUCCUGGCGCUGAGGACAAUGAUCCUGGCGCUGAGGACAAGGUUGCUGGCGCUGAGGACAAGGUUGCUGGUGCUGAAGGCACGGUUCUUGGCGCUGUGGACAAGGUUGCUGGCGCUGUGGUCGAGGUUCCUGGCGCUGAGUACAAUGUUCGUGGCGCUGAGGAAAUGUUCCUGGCGCUGAGGACAAGGUUCCUGGCGCAGAGGACAAGAUUCCUGGCGCUGUGGACAAGGUUCCUGGUGCUGAGGACAAGGCUCCUGGCGCUGAAGACAAUGAUCCUGGUGCUGAGGACAAGGUUCCUGGCGCUGAAGGCACGGAUCCUGGCGCUGUGGACAAGGUUGCUGGCGCUGUGGACAAGGUACCUGGCGCUGAGUACAAGGUUCCUGGCGCUGAGGAAAAGGUUCCUGGCGCUGAGGACAAGGUUUCUGGCGCUGACGACAAUGUUCAUGGCGCUGAGGACAAGUUUCUUGGUGCUGUGGAGAAGGUAUUUCCUGGCGCUGAGGACAAGGUUCCGGGCGCUGAGAACAAGGUUCCUGGCGAUGAAGAGAAUGAUCCUGGCGCUGAGGAGAAGGUUCCUGGCGCUGAAGACAAUGUUCCUCGCGCUGUGGGCAAGGUUCCUGGCGCUGAUGAAAAGGUUGCUGGCGGUGAGGACAAGGUUCCAGGGGCUGAGGACAAGCUUCCUGGCGCUGAGAACAAGGUUCCUGGCGCUAGCGAGAAGGUUCCCGGCGCUGAGAACAAAGUUGCUGGCCCUGAGGAGAAGGUUCAUGGUGCUCAGGACAAAAUUUCCUGUCGCUGAGGACAAGGUUCCUGACGGUGAGAACAAGGUUCCUGGCGCUGAGGACAAGGUUCCUGGCGCUGAGGACAAGGUUCCUGGUGCUGAGGACAAGGUUCCUUGCGCUGAGGACAAAAUUCGUGACGCUCGGCACAAGGUUCCUGGCGCUGAGGACAAGAUUCGUGGUGCUUAG